AUUUUGUGUUCCAUGCGUGGUCUUUCCAUUCGCGUGCAUGGUGUUCGACUGUUGAAUAUGUCGAACAUGGAGAAUUUCCUGGGGAUGUUAAGCGAGCAACUUGGUGCAAAAAUCUCAAUCAACACGACGGUUUUGAACCCCACGUAUCCGCUCAAGUUUGAAAGGUUUGGCGACGGAAAACUCGAAGACGACGCCGAGUUCCAAUCGCACGUCAAAGAGCUAUCGACACAGGGCCACGAUGUCGCGAUAGAAUUUGCUUCAGAUAAACGCUUCUACUCGAGCUCAAAGAUUUACAAGGCAGAAAAGAUGGCUAGAAAGGCAUAUGUUGAGGAUGAUCCUGUUGCUGCUGUUAGGAAAGCGUUGAAAAUAUCGCCUUAUUGCCCAGAAGCUUACAACGUAAUGGCGCAGUUCCAAGCUAACACCUAUGAAGAAGCGCUUGGUAAAGAUACUUCAUUUCGUCUACUGUGUGUUUUAAUUUCACGAAAAUGUAAAUUUUUCCAGUCUGUGAAUUUUUAUUUUGUCGUAGCUAAAAUAAUGCAGGGUCUAAUUCGCGAUGAAACGAUUGUAGGCUUGCUAUAUAUUGCAACUAAAGUCAUGGUUUGUGCCGAGGUCGACUGCAAUCUGAUAACUCCACUCUAAAUUCCGGUCAUGCAUAUUUCUCAUGUGUCGGAAAGCAUAACACAAUGGGCAAUUUUCUCGUGUGCCAUUGACGUGCAGAGUGUGGCCUAAAAUUGUACAGGGGCGGAUCCAGAAAUUUCAGAAAGGGGUGGCCUUUUUACUAUUUAUCUAUUUAUUCUUCAAAAAUAAUACGAAAUUUCCCAGAAAAGUGGCUGGCCGUCGUCCCUUUGGCCAACCCUAAAUCUGCCCAUGUUGCAGCUUUAAUUUUCGCACCCAUCACCUCACCUUAAUUACUCAUAACUUUCAUUAAAAAAAUGAUCUUUCAACUCACUCCGUGAGCCCUUUUUAUUUAGGCAGAUUCUUUACAGAUGUAUGUCACCCUGUACAGAUGAAUAUUUUCCAGUCAGUACCUUAUGGUUUGGACAAUGGUCAGGUGUCUAAUAUCAAAAAUAUCUUUCUUGAAAUCAGAGUUUUACAACAAGGCUGUGGAACUAGCACCAAAUGUAAGUGCUGAAUUUGAGCAAGAGUUACCAAAGCGGAGAGCUUGGUCUUUAAAUCACCUGCGAAGUUACUUUCGUGCGGUGCAUGGCCAAGCUAAUACCUUACGUAAGAUGGGGCGCUAUGAAGAAUCUCUCGAAAAGUAUCUUCAACUGGAAAAGCUGGACCCAGCGUUCUACAGGUUUGUUUUUUUUAUUUUUAAGCUUCACAGUAAUCAGGUUCUUUUUUUUUCAAUUUUACUGACUUAAACAGCUUAACAACAGUUUAACAGCACUCAACAAGGCUGUGCUCUAUGAAAAGUUGAAGGAAGCCCACUUCUCUGAACUAGUGAAAUCUAGGGGGCAUGGCAUAUGAUGUCUUUAAGGAAACCAAGAUUUUCGCGUUGCCAGCGAGUAAAAGUUAGGUGCCUGGGGCAACUGGACACUUCUAGAACACAGCCUUGCUCAAGAAAUAAUGAAAACUUUCUUCCAGCUUAAACAGUGUGGAAUUAAUGCAAACCACACAGUACACUCAUUUUCUAAUUUGACCAAGUGGGUGGACACUUAUAAUGUUCAGGGAGGGCACUUUAAAAAAAUGUGACCAGUGUAUCAUUAAAAAGCACUGCUUCAUUCUUAUAAUGGAGCUUGAAGAUGUUAUGUUCUUGGGCAAACAGACAACUGCACGCAAGAUGGCGGAUCAACUAAGAACUGUAUUAAUCAAAGAGCACAUGGGUUUUACAGUAACCGCAUACAUACUGCGGGCUCAGUAUGAAUUACUGACACUAUGACAAAUAAAUGAUUCACUAUAACAGAAGACUGGCCCUACAUUUGUAGCAAAUUUAUUACAGUUCCCAGAAAAUUGGCUGGGUAAAAGCCUGAAAGUAUGCCGGCAUAUUCAGGGAAAUAUGGCCUUUACUAGUACACAACAUCAUGUAAUAUACUUUUGUUUUGACUUUUUAGCUGGUGUUCAUAUGCCAACUGGAGGUACCAUGUAUUAGAAAUUUACAUGAAAUUGGGUGAUGACAGAGGAGCACUCAAGUUUGCCAUGAAAAAGUCCAAUGUAGAAGCUUUUCAAUUUUCUUCAUCAUGUGGGGCGUGGUUUUGGACCAAAGCAUUGCUUGACUAUCGCUACAAGCAACACAGAGGCUAUGCUGAAGACUUCUAUGAUGCAGUGAUAGACAGAAAUGACCCUGAAUCUCAGAAUGUUUUUAAUAGCUUUGAAGGCACAAUUUUAAGAGCCUUUCAGGCGUCACCAGAGACAUUAAGUUUUCUGACUGGUGAACGCAAGCUGCCUGACUGUCUGAUUCCUGUGCUCAUGGGAAACUGGAGGUCACUGACUAAUGUGGCCACUUACUGUCUGUCCAAUGCUGAACUUUGGCGCAACACGCCAGGGGCAUUGGAAUGGGCUGCAUCCAAUGCUAGGACAUUUAUGUGCUCAAUGAUUUUGGAUCAAGAUAAGGAAAACUGUAAAAGACUUGGUAUUCCAUGCACAGCCAAGAAAUUUAAAGAACUGCUCAGCCAAGGAAUUUUCUUCGAUGCAAAGGUUAAUCGAAGCACCAAGACAUUAGUGCACUGUGCCGUGUGUGGUGAAAUGCCUCAGUAUUUGCAGAUGCUGAUUGAUGCUGGUGCAAAUGUCAAGAUUGUCCCAAGAGGUGGCCGUGGUAUUCCACAACCUCUGCACAUGGCUUGUUAUUACAGCUUCAGCUCAGAGAUCAUCCAGAUUCUGUGCAAGGCAGGUUGGUACCCAUCAUUAUUUUAGAGUUCUGAAAUUACAUUUGAACAGAUCUUCUUAGUUUUAGCCUGGUUGUGGCUGGGAAGGAGUGUAAGGGUUUUUGGUGAUGUAUACAUGUAGUUUUUGGGUUAAUCAUAAAAUAUCUUAGGAGCUGUCUUGGAUAUUUUUGGAAAUCCUGGUCAUGACAAGACAAAAAUCUCAUGCACUUGACUCAGAAAAAGUUGGCAGGUAUUAGAGAGCCUUUCCAAAGUCAAACCUAAUUUAUUAAACUGGCAACAUGCAGUGCAUUUGAGAUAGUCAGGGCUCCAAAUACUGAACUUUAUGUCCAAGCCAUUGAUCACUACAUGUACAUAUGUUCUUAAAUUGAAUUAAUUACCAUACAUACUGAGAUAUACUCACCAAAAAGUUUUCAACUUUCUUACACAAAAUGGUUUCUAGCCAAUCGGAGCCACAAACAAUGUUUUUCACAUGUGAGAAAAUUAGUUUGUACAAUCAGAAUCAAUGUACAGUACAUAAUUCUGUUAAGCAAAUCAAGACAAAAUGGAUGGCAGACCUACAUAAUUUAUUUUUUUAUAUAUUUUUGACAUACCGAAAUUUAUUGUAAUUUGAUUGUGAAUAAAACUAUACCUAAAAUUUGAUACACAAAAUUAUUAAAAUUGUGUAUACCAUUGAUACUUGGGUAAAAUAAAAGUUAACAGUCUUUGUUAUAGUACUUAGUUCUUUACAAAAGUUUUGUCCAAUGUUCUGAAUGUUGUUUGUGUUAUGGUUUAAUUUUAUCCCUGGUUUAAAUUUAUUUUCAUUUGUCUUCGGGUAUGUAUAAUAAUGAGUUAAAACUAAGGUAAAGUAAACUUAAUCCAAGGAUAAAAUAAAAACCUCAACAUGCAAAGUACUUUGUCUUUCAGGUGCUGAUCCAACGGACAAGUGUGGGUUCCACUACUCUCCUCUACAAAUGGCAGCUGAACAAGGUGGACUCAGAGCUUUGAAAGCAGCAUUUGAUUGCCUUCCUGACUACCGCAGGAAAGAUCAGAAGGUCCUUGACAGCAUCCUACUUGCUGUGUUUCAGAGCUCAUGCUAUGAGUGUGUGACAGGCCUGGGUGACCUGUGCCAGCGGUGCCUUGGUGGGGAUGGUCCACAUCGAUCAGAUGCAACAUGGACAGGGGUGCUUGAUUUCCUCACAGAACUAAAUUACAAACCAUCCAAGAAGUACCUGGACAGCAUGCAGGAAUUUCCCAAGAAAAAGAAGCUCUUUGCUUAUUAUGUCUGCAAGCUGCGAGGAGAGGAGCCAAAAGAAGCGGCAGAGGGUCCAGAUUUGAGAAGAAGGCCACUGUCUCUUACACAGCCAUCCAGCCUUUCAACAUUCCUGUCAGCACUGGGGCAGUUUGGAGACCUUCCCAGUCAACUGCAGAAACAGCUUCAAAGCACUAAAGCCAUCAUGCCCAAGUCAGUGAAGUCAAUGUGUGAGAAUUGCAAAGGUAGUGAAAGGAAGAUGAUGGUUUGUGGGCAGUGUCGUCAGGCUUACUACUGCUCCCGAGAAUGUCAGAAGAAAGACUGGAAACAGCACAAGAAGUCUUGUGCAACAAGAAAGGAGUGAAGAAAGUUCUUUAUUCUUAUUAGUAUCAGUUAUCGUGCCAUUCAUAAAGAGUAUUGUCCAUGUUGAUAAAUAGGAGGAAAUAGAUUGCUUUGUUAUCUGUGUAAAGAACUAUACUUGUACAUUAUUUUCUGCCAUGUUCUUUAAUGGAAAUCAAUUUUUCUCAGUCUUCAGCCACGUGGUAUAUGUUCACGUUUUUAUAAUCGUUGCUGUUUUGCCUUGUGGAUGAGUACAUAGGGGGGUUUUGCUAUGUUAAGCACUGACAGCUUUUAAAGAAUUAAAUAACCCAAAGGCAUUUAUUUUUAUAGCAUUGCCGAAGUUAUGGCAUGUUGAAAAAAGUUUUAUCAGAAUUUCAUGACAG